AUGGAGUUCGUUGGCAAAACGUUUUGCCUCUCCAAUCCCCAGAACCGCAUCCUACAACUCCGCGGAGAGCUACUCAAGACCAUGAGGGGUAACAUGUCCAUCUCCGAUUUUCUUGAUAAGAUCAAUUCUAUUGCCGAUAACUUGGCACUUGCAGGAAGUCCCAUCAGUGACAAUGAUCUCGUAUCCAUCAUCAUGAACAAUGUUGGACCACUCUAUGAGAAUACAGUAAGCUCUGCUAAAGCAAGAGACACUCCCAUCACAUAUGAGUCUCUGGAAGCCCUUCUUCUUUCAGCUGAGAGGCGCAUCAAAGAUCAGCAGCAAGCUGCCCUGGAUGUCUCUUCCUUAACCACUGCAUUUCAUGCUGCACAAAUCAGUCCUCGAGGAGGUCGAGGGCGCGGCCGCGGUCCUCCAAAUUACUACACUGCUAGAAACCCUACUUCCAACUUCGGUCGAGGUUUUCCUCUCAAUAGAGGGCGAGGUGCUUCUGUUCUUGGACCUCAUCCAUCCUCAAGUUCCUUGUUCAACAAUCAAGCUCGUCCUACAUGUCAGAUUUGCAGCAAGACUGGUCACACUGCCCUAGACUGCUACAAUCGUUUGAACCUGUCUUUUCAAGGAAGGGUGCCCUCUAGGAACCUUAGUGCUAUGGCAGCUUCUGGGUCUACUCCAGCUCCUCCAACUUGGCUGCUCGACAGUGGUGCAAACUCUCAUAUCACCUCUGACUUGGGAAAUUUGCAGAAUCCAAAAGAGUAUCAAGGGAAUGAUCGUGUUGGAGGCAUAGGUAAUGAAACUCCCCUUUCUAUUUCCCACACUGGUUCAACUACACUUUCAACUCCUACUCACACAUUCAAAUUACAUGAUAUUUUACAUUGUCCUUCUGCAUCUACAAACCUACUCUCUAUCUAUCGUUUUACAUCAGAUAACAAUUGCUUUAUGCUAAUCUAUCCUGAUCAUUUUAUCAUUAAGGACAUCUAG